AUGGCUAAACCCACAGCAUUCAACGUCCUCGUUUUCAGCAAGACCACAGGCUACCGCCAUGACUCUAUCCCAGCUGGUAUCCGCAUGUUCCACAAGUUAGCCAGCGAUACGAACCUCUUCAAAAUCACAGCCACUGAAGACGCCUCCGUGUUUAACUCGUCUUCUCUCACGCAAUAUCAAGUCAUCGUCCUCCUGCAAAACAUCGGUAACGACAUCUUUAUCUCAUCCGAACUAGACGCUUUGAGGACCUGGGUGAAGGAUGGCGGCGGUAUCUUAGCUAUCCACGGCGCAGCUGCAGCUAUGCAAGGCAACGAGUACUACACGAACUUGGUUGGAGCAAGUUUCGACAUGCAUCCCGAUCCUGAGCCUGGUACUGUCGUUCCUGAAGAGUCUGGCCAGAAACACCAGAUCAUGAACUGCUGUGGUGGGCGUGAGGGCUGGAAGGACGAAUGGUAUAACUUCCACACUCAUCCAAGAGAGAAUAAGAACCUCCAGAUCUUGCUCAAAGGUGAUCCGAAGACGUUCCAGGGAGGUCGAGAGAGGGCUGCUGUGGGUAUCAAGGAGAACGGAGGUUUGAAGUAA